GAUUCCACGCCUCCGACUUUCUCUCUCCAUUGUGGUGGAUCUACUGGUCUUCUCACUCUUCGCCGAGACGUACUGGAGUUCCGGCCGCGGGUUAAAACUGAAGCACCGCUUUUCUUCCACCAUUCUCCGCAUGGAUCUGUUCUUCUCCGCGGAUUUCCGGGACGCGCGAUGCUUGGCUUGGAUUUGGAAGACUCGUCCGGGGUCGAACCAGCACUCUUAUCUGUAAAGUUGUAAAGUUCCCUUUUACUCCUCCAGUUCAGUUUAAAAGUCUGAAGAACCAUCAUGGCGAGGAGGAGGACGACGCGGAGCUUAGCGAGCUUCAAGCCGACGGUGGUUGCUACUUUCUGGGACUCUUCGCGGCGGCUUCCCCGGUGCUCGCUAGUUCUUCCCUGGAGCUUUCUGCUGAUUUAUUCGGCUCUAGUUUGUGGAUAUUGCCGGGCUGACACGGAAUUUUCUAUCUUGGAGGAAGCACAAGUUCUGUCGGAGCAGAUGAAGAAGCUGUCCUCUCAGGAGCUGGGAGUUUUUACCAUGCAGGGGAUAUUCAACUUAUUUGCGUACACCGAAAAGACAUCAAACGGAGAGACAGAGGUGCAGCAGUUGGCCAAGAAGAUUCGAGAGAAGUUCAACCGGUAUUUAGAUGUGGUGAACAGGAACAAGCAGGUGGUGGAGGCGUCGUACACGGCCCACCUCACGUCUCCUCUCACAGCAAUCCAGGACUGCUGCUCCAUACCGGCAUCCAUGAUGGAGUUUGACGGGAAUUUUAACACCAACGUCUGCAAGACCAUCUGCUGUGAUAGACUUUCACCCAAUGUCAACAGCCGAGCAUUCAAUCCAGGACGGGACCUCAACUCAGUGUUGGCGGACAACCUGAAGUCCAAUCCUGGGAUCAAGUGGCAAUACUUCAGCUCAGAGGAGGGAAUCUUCACCGUCUUUCCUGCGCACAAGUUCCACUGUAAAGGAAGUUAUGAGCACCGCAGCAGACCAGUGUAUGUGUCCGCUGUACGGCCUCAGUCCAAACACAUAGUCGUGAUGGUCGACCAUGGUGCGUCUAUAACAGAAACACAACUUCAGAUCGCCAGAGACUCUGCUUUGGUCAUCUUGAAUGCUGUAGAUGAACACGACAAGAUCUCCAUCCUGUCGGUGGCCGAGAUGGUUCGCUCGUGUUCUCUGGACCAGUGCUACAAAAGUCUGCUGUCUCCAGCCACUAGUGAGACCAAAAGGAAGAUGAGCACCUUCAUCUCAAACAUUAAAUCUUCUGAGAGCACCACACAGCAUGCAGCAGGAUUCCAAAAAGCUUUCCAGCUACUUCGAAACACCAGCAGCCUCAGCAAGCAGAGCUCCACCACGGACAUGAUCAUCAUCUACUUUUCCUCUGGAGUCACAUCACGAGAGUCGUCUGAGCAGGAGAAGAAGGCCACGCUCAGCGUGGUCCGUGAGGAAAACCGACUCCUCAACAACUCUGUUAUGAUCCUCACUUAUGCUCUCAUGAAUGAGGGCGUCACCGGGUUGAAGGAGCUGGCCUUUAUGAGAGACCUGGCAGAGCAGAAUUCGGUCAAGUACGGCGUCUCCCGAGCUUCAGAUCGUGACCGCCUGACCAUGGCGGCAGCAUCUGGGUUGGCUCAGGCGAUGCCUGUGGUGAAGGGCAGCAUGAUGGUCCUGAACCAGCUCAGCAACCUGGAGACCUCUGUGGGACGCUUCUACAUUAACCUCCCCAACCGUAUGAUCGACCUGGCCCGUUUCAGCCUGCCCUACUCUGACCCCAUGGGAGACGGUUUCAUCAUGACUGUGAGUCGGCCAUGUUACUUCGGGAACCUGCUGCUGGGGGUGGUUGGCGUGGAUGUGAAUCUCGCCUACAUCUUGGAGGAUGUCACCUACUAUCAGGACUCGCUAGCCUCCUACACAUUUCUCAUCGACAAUAAAGGCUACACUCUGAUGCACCCAUCUCUGACUCGUCCCUACCUGAUGACGGAGCCUCCACUGCACACCGACAUUAUUCACUACGAGAACAUUCCUGGUUUUCCGGCGGUGAGACAGAACAUCCUCAGCCUCCCGCUGGGCAGCCAGGUCAUCGCUGUGCCACGCAACUCCUCCCUGUCCUGGCACACCAACAGACUACGGGACAACAGCAAAAACGCGUACAAUGUCAGCUAUGCUUGGAAGCUGGUUCAAGACACAUCAUUCAUCCUCUGCAUUGUUUACGUGCAGCCAGAAAUCCCUGUCAAACAGCUAAAAAACUUCAACACAGCGCCCAGUUCCAAACUUCUGUACCACCGUUUAGACCUCCUGGGUCAGCCCAACUCUUGCCUUCAUUUCAAGCAGCUGGCCACUGUUGAAUCCCCUACUGUGAUGUUGGCACCCGGGAGUUUCCCCUCACCGUAUGAGCACCUGAGUCAGCCAGAGACAAAGCGCAUGGUGGAGCACUACACUGGCUACCUGAGCGACAACACUGGGUUCCUCGCCAACCCUGGACUCAAGCCAUCAAUCAGGAAUGAUGUGAUGGCCACCAGCCAUGUGACGGACACGUGGAUGACCCUGAUGGAAAUGAGCAGCCUCAAUUGCUACAUUGUCCGUCGCUACAUAGCAACGCCCGGCGGGGUCCUCCGGAUCUACCCAGGAUCACUGAUGGACAAAGCUUUCGAUCCCACCCGCAGACAAUGGUACCAGCAUGCUGUGGCAAACCCGGGCCUCAUCACCUUUACCGGUCCAUACUUGGAUGUUGGUGGGGCUGGAUACGUGGUCACCAUUAGCCACACAAUCCACGCCUCCAGUUCUCAGAUGGCCCCAGGUUACGCAGUGGCAGUGAUGGGUAUUGACUUCACUCUACGCUACUUCUACAAGGUUCUCCUAGACCUGCUGCCCAUCUGUAACCAGGACAAGGGCAACAAGAUCAGGUGCUUCAUCAUGGAGGACCGCGGGUACCUGGUGGCACACCCCACAAUCAUUGACCCCAAAGGUCAUGCGCCAGCAGAGCAACAGCACAUUACUCACAAGGAACCACUUGUUGCUAACGACAUCCUCAAUCACCCAAACUUUGUAAAGAAGAAUCUGUGCAACAGCUUCAGCGACCGCACUGUGCAGAGGUUCUACAAGUUCAACACCAGCAUUCUGGGGGACCUGACCAACCUGGUCCAUGGCAGUCAUUGCUCCAAGUACCGUCUAACCCGCAUCCCAGGCACCAAUGCCUUUGCAGGCAUCGUGAACGAGACCUGUGACUCCUUGGCGUUCUGCGCCUGCAGCACUGUGGACAGACUGUGUCUCAACUGCCACAGGAUGGAGCAGAAUGAAUGUGAGUGUCCAUGUGAGUGUCCCCUGGAGGUCAAUGAGUGUACAGGCAACCUCACUAAUGCUGAAAACAGAAACCCAAGUUGCGAGGUGCACCAGGAGCCUGUCAGCUUGAACGUGAUCGAUCCCAGUUUACACGACACUCUGCCUCAGUGUAUUAACACUCGCUGCAGCCAGAGGUACAGCAGCAGUGACUGUUUUGGUGUUCUGGACUGUGAGUGGUGCAUGGUGGACAGCGACGGGAAGACACACCUGGACAAACCUUACUGUGCCCUGCAGAAGGAGUGUUUCGGGGGAAUCGUUGGGGCAAAGAGUCCUUACGUGGACAGUUUAGGACUUUUAGACGAGGAGGUGGCAUCUCUCAACAUGAUCAAGAGUGUCCCCGUGGGUCCAGUGGCCGGAGGCAUUAUGGGAUGCAUCAUGGUCCUCGUGCUGGCUGUGUACGCCUACAGACACCAGAUCCACAGACGCUCACACCAGCACAUGUCUCCUUUGGCGGCCCAAGAAAUGUCAGUAAGAAUGUCCAACUUGGACAAUGAAAGAGACGAGAGAGAUGACGACAGUCAUGAGGACAGAGGCAUAAUCAGCAACACACGCUUUAUUGCCGCCGUGAUCGAGAGACACACUCACACUCCGGAGAGGCGACGGCGGUACUGGGGGCGCUCUGGGACGGAGAGUGACCACGGUUACAGCACCAUGAGCCCUCAGGAGGACAGUGAGAAUCCACCCGGCAACAACGACCCUCUCUCGGCGGGUGUUGAUGUCGGGAACCACGACGAUGACAUGGACCUGGACACGCCUCCGCAGACCGCCGCGCUGCUGAGCCACAAGUUCCACCCGUACCGCCACACGCAUCACCACCCGCUGCACACGCACCACCUUCAGGCUGCCGUCACCGUGCACAGUGUGGACGCUGAGUGCUGAUCCAGCUCACCUAAAGACACGACUGUCAGGGUCCGUCGUGGUGACGCCGCCUUUUAACUCCCCAAAUGGAAGGUUUUAACGGAUUAUCGGACGCUUACCGGCGAAAACAAACAUCCACGUUGAAGACUAAAGAGUCUGAUUGGAGAACGAAUAAUCCAGAAUCACACGGGAACCUUUUUAUCUUCCUCCACGAUCCCCUGUGAAAACGACGACAGCAGCACAUUUCUGCAUUUCUUUUUUUACAUAUCAACAUGGACAAAUCUUAUUUUUCUACUAUUUAUUAAACAGAUGGGGAAACUCACCCACAUUCCUCACGAUAAAGAGAUUUAAUUUUAGGUUUUAUGUCUGCUUGAAAUCUCUCAUUCACAUAAAUAGUUUUGCUCACUAAGCUUUUUCACACACACACUUUGCCAGAAAAAUGGUUUAAUAGGUGUUUUACUCGAGAUCAGAGUUUUAAAUAAAUCCGUUGGCAAAUGUUUUUUCUUUUUUUUCCCUUUAUUUCUCUCGAGUGCAGAAAAAUAUAAUGAUGUAUGACUAUAGGAAUUAAAAAUAUAUAUAUUUCCAGACAGAAGUAGCAGUGAAAAGGGGAAGGAAUGAACAGAACAUCCAAAUUAUCCAAAUCAUUGAAAGUUGAACAGGAUAAAAAUAAAUAUAUUUUGGCAAAAUAUUAUCUAAAAAAAGGUUUAUGCGGAAGAAAGAGGUUUUUUUCAUGUUAAAAAAGUUGUUUUUCUAACAGAAAUCAUAUUUUAUUAUAUAGUUCUUUCUGACAGAUUAAAAAUACAAUUUAAUGCAAUGCAAUUUAACUUUUUUCAGUUCAAACAUACAGAAAAACAUUUAGUACCAUUUAGACAUUCACAAUGUAUGUUUUUGCAGUAUUUGUUUUUUCUACUCUAUUUUUCAUCCAGAAAAUACAGAAAUGUGUGUCAAGCUGAUUUCUGCCAUUUUAAACUGAUGGUAUUUUGCCAAAUACUUUUAUUUUUCUAGGCUAUACAUUAAAAUUAAAAGCUUGUGAGUUGAAACUGAACGCCUUAACAACCUCUUAGCUGAUGAUGAUUCCUGGCACAUAUGUUCUUUCUGAAUCACUUGAGUCUCUGCAGCCGCCUUGUCAUUUUAACAUCCUUUCUUCUCUCCAUCACGACUCAAACUGCGAUUGUUAUGUUGGAUUCUGUUUAAAUCUGUCGAUUAGAUUGGAGGAAAACUUGCUGCUGUUGCACAGAUGUUCCACACGUCUGUCAACUCCUAUGUGUAAACCACUUUUUCUAAAUGUGUGUGUGUUUGUGUGUGUGAAAGAACGUGUGAGUGUGUUCCACCUGGCUAUUUUGUUUUUGUGCGGACUGGUCCGGAGUACAAAUGAAAAGUGUAAAUAAUAACCGUGCAACACUUCAACUUGUUUUAGGUCCAUAUUGGAUGGAAGUUUCAAAUGAAUGAUUUAGAUUCUCAAGUUGGACUCUCAUGGCAACUGUUGCUAUGUCAAACUUUGUUAACUGAACACGUCGGGUCGCAUGUUGAAUGCUGUGUCAUCCGCAAACAAACUUGACUGUAUCUUAAACAUGUGUGAGUGUGUGCCUGGGCAUUCUUUUAUUUCCUGGAGUGAGAGCGUCUCACAGGAAGGUGACGUAUAAAUGUGUGCAUACCGGACACAUGGACUCGUGAAGGAACUUGUGGCGUCCUCAUGUAUCAUAAAAAGUUAUCAAACGGAGAUUUAUUGCAACGUGAAUGUGAUAAAGUUCAU